CUGAUCGCAUUCGGAGUUGGAGAAACCGAGGAAGGCAUGGUAUGAUCUUUGACCUUGAGAAGGGCAGUGGACGUGGAUAGUUCCAAGUUUGAGGGUUUUGCUAAAACCUCAUCGCUGUCUUGUUCUUCGAAGCUCUCUGUAAUUUCGAAAUGUAUGCACUGCGCCGAGCAGUACGAGUGUUUGCUUCUUCAGCCAUUGCAACGGGGCACCUUGUUUCACAUCCCUCAACCUUCAUUCGUCAGUCCUAUGCCACUGCCGCCACUACCCGUCGGAGAUCUAAACGCGUCGACGAACCUUCGCCACCUUCAAAAGACGACGCCGUUUCUGACAGACAGAGGCCCCCCGUGAUUCCGUAUCAGCCGAAGGCUGCCAAUUUCGUCAAUAUCAUUGGUCAAGUUCAUAUGCCCGUUCAGUUUCAAACUUCUCCCGAUGGCAAAACUUGGGCUACCACCGUUCUUAUCCGGGAGCUCACUCCUGAUUCUUCCCAUCUUUGGAUUCCAGUAAAAUUUGAGGGUGAUUUGGCUCAUGUUGCUGCUUGCCAUCUGAAAGAGAAUGACUAUAUACAUGUUGCUGGAGAGCUUGGUGCAAAUUCAUCUUAUUCAAAUGAAAGUAAAGGUCAAAGCAAUAUCCAGGUUUUGGCACGAAGCCUCAACUUUGUCCAAGGAUAUCCUUUAGUGGAGGAAAUAUCUGCAGCAUCAAAGCAACAAGGAAUAUCAGAUUCGUCUGACAGAACAAAGAAGAAUUUUGGCAGUACAAAGAACUCUGACUCUGACCCUUUGUUGAGUUCUUGGAGAGACCUUCUAAAAGAUCCUAAGCAAUGGUGGGAUUGCCGUGACAGUAAGCACAAUGGAUUGGUAAAUUUUAAUUACCCUGACUUUAAGCGCAAGGAUGGGAGUCAUGCACUCUGGCUUGAUAGGGCCCCAAACUGGGUUCUUUCUGAUCUCGAAGGAUUGGAAUUUGAUGCUUUGAUUCUGAAAUCCAAACAAGCAAAGGAACAGAAAGAUGAUGCAAACUGGAGGGACGUGGUAGAAAAUCCUGAUAAAUGGUGGGAUAACAGAUCAACAAAGAAAACUGAAAGAUCUCCUGACUUCAAGCACAAAGAAACCGGUGAAGCAUUGUGGCUCAACAGUUCCCCAAGUUGGGUACUGCCAAAGUUGCCACCUCUAAAGGAGAAAGAAGUAGAACCUAACGCCAAACAAGAACUGAUUUCAUAAGCUGACAGCACAGAACCAAGUCUUUUCACCAUGCUCAUGUUUGAUGUUCCUCUGUUGCUACCAUUCUUUUUUACUUUACCUUCAUGAGAUCCUUACAGUCUGAUUUUAUCUCACCAAAUUUUCUAUUAUACUGAUAUUUUCAGAAUAGAUUUGUUCAUGAAUAGAUGUAGAGAUUAUUUCAAAGGGAAAUAGUAGUCUAGUUUUAGUCUGAAAUUUUUCUGACCCCCAGAUGUGAACAAUUUGUACAAGGAUUGUGAUUGAGCCACUUGUUGAUCAUACUUCAUCCCUCACCCCGCUAUACCAUUGAUGCUUAAACGCCAAGUUGUCUGUGA